UCCCUUCUCCAUGACGGCGGCGCGUCGAGCGAUGACAAACCUGCGCAUGCGUGAACCCCCAGCUGGGCGAUCGUUCCGCCAGCGCAAACUGCGCAUGCGUGAAGUUCAGGCUUGGGCGCUCGUUCCGCCAGCGCAAACUGCGCACGCGUGGACAUUCGGUCCGGCCGUUCCCCAGAGGGAAAAGCAGCCAAGUUGAUGCUUUAUUUUACCGCCCAACUUGCGCUUGUAAGAAAUAAAUGCUCAGCAACGUCCAAGGUGUCCAGAUAAUUGUGAUUGCCAAUGUGGACAAUCGUUCAACAUUGCCUCCAAGUUUGUGAUUUUGAACAAUGGCAGGAAACAUGAUGGAUCUCAGUAAAUUUAACAUUGACGCCCCGAGAUGGAAUCAGAGCACUUUCAUGGGACGGUUAAAGCACUUUUUCAACAUCACAGACCCACGCACAGUGGGUGUAUCCAAUGCAAACCUCGAUAAGGCAAAGGAUCUGGUGGACAGAUGCAGAGCUGGCACUCUACUCCCGGGUACGACCAAGGAACAGUUGCUGUACGCAAAGAAGCUCUACGACUCUGCGUUCCACCCCGACAGCGGAGACAGGAUGAACUUAAUUGGGCGAAUGUCAUUUCAAGUCCCUGGCGGCAUGGCAAUCACUGGCUUAAUGCUACAGUUUUACAGGUCUGUUCCAGCUGUGGUAUUUUGGCAGUGGGUGAAUCAGUCAUUCAAUGCCUUGGUCAACUACACUAAUAGAAAUGCUGCAUCGCCAAUAACUGCAAAACAAAUAGGCGUUGCGUACUUAACUGCAACCAGCACUGCGCUGGCCACUGCUGUUGGAUUGAACCUCUACACAAAGAAAGCUCCACCCCUAUUGGCCCGUUGGGUCCCUUUUGUUGCCGUGGCAGCUGCUAACUGCGUAAACAUUCCAAUGAUGAGACAGCAGGAAAUUAUAAGUGGAAUCGCCGUGACUGAUGAAAAUGAGAAUAAGCUGGGAGAAUCCAGGAUUGCAGCUGUAAAGGGUAUCACGCAAGUGGUGAUCUCUAGAGUUACCAUGGCCGCUCCAGGAAUGAUCAUUCUGCCCAUCAUAAUGGAAAAGUUGGAGAAGUAUCCUUUCAUGCAAAGAAUUAAGUUCCUUCAUGCCCCACUGCAAGUGACGCUGGUUGGAUGCUUCUUAAUCUUUAUGGUGCCAGCUGCAUGUUCACUUUUCCCUCAGAGGUGUUCUAUGGCAACUUCUAAAUUGGAUCCAGAGCUGAAGGAGUCAAUAACCACCAUGUACGGAGACAAAGUGAAGUACGUCUACUUCAACAAGGGACUGUAAGGACAUGAUGCCUUAGGAAGAGCAGAGGACUCCUUUAAUUUUAUGACAUCUCCACACAAUCAACGACGCUGGAAACAAUAAGAAAAGACGGCAACUGCAGUAUGGCGUUAAAACAAAAUUCCAACUACCACCAUCUCCAUGGGUUGUGGUUGAGUCAUUCACUGCAAUGUAUUUAGCAUCUGUUAAUGAUUUUUCAACUGAGUAACUUGGCAGGGAAAAAUAAUAAUUCACUUCACACGCACAAGAAAGAUGAGGAACUUCAGACUGAAUCGAAUGGCCUGGAUACACACAAGUAUAUGUACACAGUUCUUGGAAAUGGAGUUAGGUUAAAUAUUUCUUCCUGGCAUUUCACCAAUUGAAAGUGGAAAGCAGAGAGGACAUUUACGAUUCACCCUCUGAAGGGAGAUAUGGGGAAGGGGUGGGCUGGUUGCAGUUAUCCAGAUCCCACAAAAUCAAAGAAUAGUUUAUUUUUAAAUUAAUUUUACAACAUAAAGGUGGAACUGCAAUCAUAGUCAAACAGCACAGAAACAGGACCGUCGGCCCAACUCGUCUGUGCCAACCAAGAUGCCCCAUCUAAGCUAGUCUCAUUUGCUCGCAUUCGGCCCAUAUCCCUCUAAACCAUUACUGCCUGUACCUGUUCAAAUGUGUUUGUAUCUCCAUGGCUGGAAGGUUCUUAGAUAGAGUCAUACAGCAUGAAAUCAGGCCCUUCGGCCCAACUUGUCUAUGCCGACCAAACUUGUCCCAUUUUCCUGCUUUGGCCCUUAUCCCUCUAAAUCUUUCCUAUCCAUGUACCUUUCCAAGUGUCUUUAAAAUUCUGUUAAAGUACCUCUGGCACCUCGUUCCAUAUACCCACCACCCUCUGAGUGAAAUUGUUGCCCCAUGGGUUCCUAUUAAAUCUUGCUCCUCUCACAAUGUGCCCUGGUUAUUAAUUCACCUAUUCUAGGUAAAAGACUCUGUGCCUUCACCCUAACUAUUCCACUCAUGAUUUUAUACACCUCUGUAAGAUUAUGGCUCAGCCUCUUGUGUUUCAAUAAAGUUCUAGCCUGACAAACCUCUCCCUAAAUCUCAGGCCAUCUAGUCUUGGCAACAGGGUGGCACAAUGGCGCAGUGGUAGAGUUGCUGCCUCACAGCGCCUGAGACCCAGGUUUGAUCCUGACUACAGGUGCUGCCUGACGAAGUUUAUAUGUUCUCCCUGUGACCACGUGGGUUUUCUCUGGGUGCUCCGGUUUCUUCCCACAUUUCAAAGACGUGCAAGCUUGUAGGUUAAUUGGCCUCCCUAAAUUGUCCCUAGUGUGUAGGAUCGAACUAGUGUACGGGGUGAUCGCUGGUCGGCACGGGCUAGGUGGGCCAAAGGGCCUGUUUCCACACUGUAUCUCUCAGCCAAGCUAAACAUCCUCAUGAAUCUACUCUUCAGUCGUGAUGAAUUGACCAUCCAGUGCCUGUAUCAAACGUCCCCAGGUUAAGUGACACCAGGUUAGGCGAAGCCAUCUGACUGCACAAUUCGGGAAUAAAACUCAUCGAGCUUGUGAGAUUAUCCGACUCACUUUUUCUAUGUGCCAAAAGAUGCCGGAUUAGGAAUAGAAGAUGAAAACAGAGUCUGGAACAACCGGCCAUUCUAGACAGUGAUCAGAAAACAGUUCUGCAGACACAUGUUUGAGAAGAGCGGAAGGUUUCUUGGAAGUUUACAUCAUAUCAAGGAUCUGUGACAAAAUAUGCACAGUUAACAAACAGCUCACCGGGACUGGAGGAAGUUAGAAAUGUACAGGGUGAUCGCUGGUUGGCACGGGUUUGGUGGGCUGAAGGGCCUGUUUCCACGCUGUAUCUUUAAAGUCCUAAGACUUCUCACGAUCAAUUGGUGGUUGGAUGAGGAUGAAUGAGUGAGUGGAUGGGCAGUUGUGGUAUCAGGAGGUAGGGAGCAAACUGUAAGCAAUGUUUGUUUAAUUCUUUGAGCUUUUAGUCGUAAAAAUCACAGACAAUAACAAUGUGAAAAGGCCAAAUUCCCAAUGGUGCUAACGUCACAGAGAUCAUUAUGUGGGAUAUACACCCGUAGGUCUAUGCUAGUGACCUUUUUAAUUACAGAGAGUUGCAAUGAGAAUUAUGGAGCAACUGCUGCAUAGAAUAAGCUGGAAAUGUGCAUUGGACAAUAAAUGCUGUUUACAAUAAAAUAA